UAUUGCGUCAUGCUUGGUUUCGGGGGUUUCAUGCCGUUUCUACACAUUAGCCUGUACUGUGUAAACACGACCGGUGUGACGUGUAGAAACAGAGGCGUUGUCUCAAGCGGGGAUUUCGCAAGGUUCGUGUUAAGAACCUAUAAAUGUGCCGUAAUUUUUUGUCUCUAUCUUCAGUAUACACGGAGCUGUGAAGACUUCCGUGACACCUUGCCUUCUGUUUACCUGUGACUGAGUGAAUCAGUUUAGGAACGGAAAGAUGCCGACAACUGAGUCCGAAACUCAAGCCCAGCCCGAGAAGGAACUCCUUCGCGUCUUCAAGGAAAAGUUGGUGCAACACAUCCACCCAGCCGCUGUGGGGCGUUUCUGUACGGCCAGUCUACUGGAAAAGGACCAGGAGGAAGUGAAGAGAAAGGAAGAUACUGCAGGACUACAGGCCGCUGCAGAACUGCUGUUGGAAAAGCUGCUGCAGCAAAACAAUCCUGGUUGGUUCCCCGAGUUCGUACAAGCUCUGAGACAAUCCGGGUCAGAGCACGUUGCAGAGGACCUGUGCCCCACGAACACAGCGCCCCCUGCCGACUCAUCCCCGUACCGACAGCUUCUGCGGAUCGUUGCACCAGGCCUGACACAGACCAUGAUGGCGGUAGAGCUGUUACCGCACCUGCCGUGUUUAAUGCAGGAAGACAAAGAACAGAUCUACCAGACAAUGAAAACACACGGUAACACCAGAGCUGCGGACGUGCUGUUGGAGAAGAUAGUCCGGUGUGGCCCGGAGUGGUUUAAGGAGCUUUGCAAGGCUCUGAGGAGUACGGGAGAUGACAAGUCACUGGACCUGCUCUUAGACAGACGUGGAACAGACCAGGACCCCAUAGACGAUGACCUGAGCAGCUUGUUUCGAAGCCUGUCCAUUUCCGGACCCUCACCUGCAAAUGAGGAAGUCAAACCUGCCGACGCGUCGGCCAUGAAGGCCGCCAUGUUGGAUGACCCGAAUCUAGACGAAGGUUAUGAAGAAGACGUUGAGGAUGCCAGCGUUCGGGACAUGUCAGCGAUAGGAGCCGACGGAAGUAUCCCAAUGCGUGACUAUCAGCUUGAGUUGGCGGAAGACGUUCUAAAAGGGGCAAACAAUGUCAUCUGCUCGCCGACCAAUAGCGGGAAGACGCGCGUGGCAGUCUACAUCUGUAAGGACCACCUGGAGAAAAACCCUAACGGGAAAGUGCUGGUCAUGGUCAACAAGGUUCAUCUGGUAGAGCAGCACUACCAGAAGCAGUUCAAGCCGCUGCUGCUGGAGUCCCUCCACUCCCAGCUGGGGACCAUCAGCGGGGAGAACUACUCCUCGGCAGAGGAAGAGCACAUCAGCUUCAAACAGCUGGUGGAGCAAAAGAAGAUCAUCAUCCUGACGGCACAGAUCCUGGAGAAUCACCUGGCCAGGACUGAUGAGGAGAAGGUGGAGCUUUCAGAUUUCUCUUUGAUGAUCUUCGAUGAAUGUCACCACACCAAGAAGGAGAACGUGUACAACAAGAUUAUGGGCCGUGUCAUCUUGCAGAAGUUUUUCCAGCCCGACCGACUACGGCCUCAGAUCGUCGGCUUCACGGCGUCCCCCGGGGUGGGAGGGGCCAGGACUCACGCCAAGGCCGUCUCUCACAUCCUGCAGAUCCUUGCCAAUCUGGAUGCUUCUAAAAUAAAAACAGCAGAGAAACACGAGGACGAACUUCAGAAGGUCGUAGGUCAGCCCAAACGGGAGUGUCACAUCACCAACGAGCGGCAUGCGGACCCCUUCGGCGAUGAGCUAAAGAAGAUGAUGCAAAAGAUCCACCGGAUGAUUGACAUGGAAGGGCCCGGGGAGCGCGGUCCUCCAGCAGACUUCGGCACGCAGAUGUACGAGCAAUGGGUGGUGGAGAUGGAGAAGCAGGGAGGCAUGAAGAGCAACCGAUGCGUCCAGACCUGCGCAGAACACUUGAGGAAGUACAAUGACGCAUUGGUCAUCAACGACACUCUGCGCAUGUCUGACGCCUUUCAGUACCUGAAGGAGUUUUACACGAAAGAGUCUGAUCGUCAGGAUGGGUUUGACGAGACGGACAGAAAGCUGGCCAGUAUCUUUUCUGAGAGCUUCUUUCAUCUUGAGAAACUCACCAAGAAGUCACAAUACGAGAAUCCCAACCUUGAGGCGCUGAAGGAGAAGCUCAAGCAGGAGUGCGAGGCAAAAGAAGGCGCCAGGGGGAUCCUCUACACGAAGACCCGACAGUCCACGGCCUUCCUGUUGUCAUGGAUACGAAACACACCAGAGCUGAACAAUCUGCUGAGAGCCGAUCAGCUGACCGGCACAGGCACGGGCUCCAUCAGCAAGAACAACCACAUGACACCGAUCAAACAGCGAGAGGUGAUCAGACAGUUUCGGGAAGGCGAGCUGAAUCUGCUCAUCGCCACCACUGUCGCCGAAGAGGGUUUGGACAUCAAGGAAUGCAACUUCGUCAUCCGAUACGGACUGGUUACCAAUGAAAUAGCCAUGAUGCAGGCAAGCGGACGUGCCCGAGCUGAAGACUCCACCUACACGCUGGUGGCAGGAGGGAAGACAGGCGCGGGGCAGAGGGAAGAAAACAACCUGUACAAGGUAGAGAUGAUGCACCGGGCCAUUAGGUACAUACAGAACAUGCCGGCCGACCAGUAUCACCAGGAGAUUAAGAAGAGACAACGAGCCAUCUGCAGCGAGCUGCGCGCACGGAACAACCCUGGCAUCAAGGAACGAAAGCAGGCCGCAGCAUCCGGGACCUUCCUGCACUGUAAGAAGUGUAACCAGAAGGCAUGCGAUGCUGCGGAGCUCAGGCUGAUAGAGGGGGCCCACCAUGUGCACCCUGACCCCGAGUUCCUGAGGAAUGUCGGGAAGGCGGAUGAGGCUGAAGAACCGCUUCAGAAGUUCCAGGAGUGGAGUAGGAUCGGCAGCGUCAAAUGCAGGAAAUGUGAACAGGACUGGGGCAUGCUGAUGCUGCACAAGGGCAUGAACCUGCCAUGUCUGAGUGUAAAGAACUUCACCCUGCGGAAGCAGGGGAUCCCUCCGCGCCGACCCAAGAAGUGGAAGGACUCCGGCAUCGCUGUGGCAGAGUUCGACUACGCGCAGGACAUAGAGAUGGGGGACGUGGCUAUGGACACGAGCGAGGAUGAUGACCUCUAAAUAAUUUGGACUUAAGAUAAAGGAAGAUGUUGGGACACUACUGUAGAUCUUAUAGUUCGCAAUAGCUUGCAAGGUAGGAUAAUGGAGAGGAAUAUGUAAUACAGGAGGGAGGACGGAAACCAGGGAGAAGUGGGGAAUGUGGACCCAAUAUUACUAAGGUGUGUUUAUUAGCAACGAGAUGAUGAAUGUACACAAGGCUUCGAACAAAUGUGAUGUAAUUACACACUGGUAUUGAUUGAAUGUUAUUCAUAUCAUAUCAUAUCAUAUCAUAUCAUAUAUCAUAUCGGACGAAGAUUUGCAGCUGCUUGGCAAAGUAAAUGUAUGUGACACAUUAUAAUCGUUGCGUAGACCGAUGCUACAGAGAUCAAAUAAUGUCAUUUGCGUACAUAGGAUACAUUAGAUAUGCAUAGCAUCACUCCAAAUUAAUUGUGGCAUCAUAGCAUACAAUGCAUCACUACGCAAAUCAGUCUGAUACACUUACCGUGUACUAAUAAAUCAUAGAAUCUUU